AUGGCAAGUCAGAGGGAGAAGCGAGUUACUGCUGGAAACAAGCUUCGUUCCUUGCUAGACCAAGAGUCGACAAUACCCACUGAACAGCUCUUUGAGGAGGAAGAAGGAGAUGAAGAAUUCAAGGAAGUUGACGAGGCCGACAUUGUCGAUUCGGAUUUUGAAGACACGGAUGAAGAAGACAAUGCUGCUGCUGCCGAUCAACCUGGUGACCAAGAGGACGAAGACGCUCUAGCUCGCAAAAGAAAGCGUGACAAAAUUGCUGCUUCGGUACAGAAACCUGUGCCAGUCAAAAAGAAACGACCACCGCCUAUACCCAGAGAGCUGGGCGGUACUGGAUCUGAUCUAGAUCCUUUGCCAAAAGCUCCAAAGAAACCAAGAGUCGCAAGGCCACAAUUUGCUGGCAAUGACGUGAGAAAAUCGAAUCGUACUACUACUGUCGUUGCUGGUAUUCAAUUGGACGAACGAUUGCGUGCCAAUCGUCCUGCCCCAAAAAAGGUUCAAGAGGUGCUACUGACGCAAGAAGAAUUGUUAGAAGAAGCCAAACAAACAGAGGAAGUGAACAAGGCAUCUCUAUACUAUUUACAGCAGGCAGAAGAAGAAAGAAGGAAUCGUAUACCGAAAAGACAGCAGCAGCAGAUAACGGGACCAUCCAUACACUUCUUGUCGUUUGUGGAAAGCAAAUACUAUGUUACAGAAAUCAUUGACGACGAUGAACCCACCUCUGCCAAACCAAGUAUACGUGAAUCUAAUGCCUCUGCUGGCCCGGGCAGGCCGAAUGGAGUACACGGUACACGUUCGAGUAAUAGUGGUGUUGGUGGUUCGAGUAGUAACGCAACGCAGGAUGUAAUACUGGUAGUAGACGAUAAGCCAUCAGGUACAAGUGGCCCCAACAGAACGAUUAUAGAUUCUCAACCAACAGGAACAGAUCGGAUCGCCCGCAAUGUAUUUAUAUUUGACGAGUUUGUAGAUGAUCCUUUUGUAGAACUGAAGAAGGCUCCGCCAAAGCCAGGAAAGGCGAUUUGUCCAAUAACUGGUCUGAUGGCAAAGUAUCGAGAUCCAGUCACGGGAACUCCAUAUGCAACGAUCGAAGCAUAUAAAGUCAUCAAGGAUAUGUUUCAAAAUCAGAGAUACUUGUGGUCUCCCUUCCUCAAAUCGUAUAUACAUCCAGCAGAUGCACGUGCACCUUCGUCACUACCACCAUCAUGGAAGGACUCUACUCUAGAAACCGGUAAGUCACACUCCCUCGAUGGUGGCAAGAGACCGUUAUACUUUGGUCUAAGAGAGCGUGGAAGAAAGGCAGAGGAAGAGGAAAGUGCAGAAGAGGACUCUCCUAUAACAGUGACGUUUGGAACGCCCCUUCCGACUUCACGGCCACAGACUCCGAUAAUUAUACCACCUCUAAUCCUAACUUCGGCAUUGGUAAGACAGUCAUCCGCAUCAUCUAUUGUCGUAAAACAGGAACCAGACACGAUGGUAGAUGUUGAGAUGGAAGAUGCCGAUCAUGACGACGCAGACGAUGGAGAGCUUGAUGACUCGACUUCUGCUCGUAGACGCAGUGGUAAAGGUAUGAGGGGCAGAAGAGGCAGACCGCCUGCUGCUGGAAAGGGCACAUCACCACGGCGUAAUAAAACGACAAAAGCAGCUGGUGCUCUACCUCAAUCAACGCCUGAUCCAGAACCCCAAUCGAUAACGGCUGAUGUACAAGCUUCCUCGUCUCCAACACCCGGUGCAUCGAAAGAUAUAGAAUCUUCUCCAGGAAAGAAAGCACGGAAACCUCAGACUGCCGAAGCAAAAGAGCGUGCAGCUCAACGGAGAAGAGAACGAAAUGCUGAAAAGAAGUCUGCAACAUCUACUACUCCUCAGCUUGUAGCGACUACUCCAAUAAUAGGUAACCCGUUUCCUGAAAUACCUCAAUAUGGGUACAACACGAUACCGCAACACAUGUCGCCGCCACCACAGCUACAUAAUCUACCAUAUACAGGAGUCAUGAAUCCAUAUCAGUCACCACCGCCGCCACCACUCUUCAACCUGCCACCUAUAUCGAGCCUACCGCUCUCCAUGCAACCACCUCCAUACCCCAUGUACAACCCACAACAAGGUUUCAACGGUUUAAACGGCACUCCCCCAAUGCUGAGCUACCCGCCUCCACCACCAUACAUUAACGGAUUGCCGCCUCUAUCGUUGAUACCGGGUGCGAUGAUGGGACAAGGCAUGGUUGGACAUAUCACGAAUAAUAAUAGUAAUAGGCACGAGGACUCUCAGAGCAAGGGAAAGGAGAGAGCUUUGUAA